UUAAACGAAAGCUUCUAUCCUGUUCACAAACAUUUGAACCAUUUGAACUUUUAGAAUUCAAUAUCAAUUUAUGGCUGUUUAAAACUUUUCUGGAAUUCUUCUACUGGAUCAUGAAGCAACAGGAUUAUAUUUAAAAUGGUUCAUAAUUAUCCAAAAGCACUCAAAAUUCUGGGACACCUAAACUAACACUUUCCUAAAGAUUGAGAAUUGAAGAUUUCGUCGUGUUUUCAAGAUAUUUCGGUACCGAGUAGUAAAAGGUGUGGUAUUUUAUGCACUCAUAUAGUACAAACUUUCAUACCUGCUAAUGGAUAUUGAAGAUUUAUCUGCCGAACACGAUAGACCAGAGGCAGAAUCUUCUGUACUAGUAAAGACAAGAUUUAGAAAUAAAAAGCAAAAUAUUUCUGAAGAUUUGUGUCUUAGUAGUAACUUACCUGAAAAGUUUCAUGUUUUUGUACAAACAUGGGGUUGUGCACAUAAUACUAGUGACAGUGAAUAUAUGACCGGACUACUAGCCAAAUAUGGUUAUCAAGUUACACUGGAUGGUUCACAGUUUACAAAUGGUUGUGAGUCGGCGGGAGAUAUCACUUCUACAUCAGAUUUAGCUUGUGGAUGCCAAGACAACGGUGAUCAAUGCUGUUCAAAAGAAAAAAGCUCGGAUAAAAGCAAAACUGUACUUUCAAAUUGCGAUGCGAAAAAGAAUGCAGAUGUUUGGGUUUUGAACAGCUGUACAGUUAAAGGUCCAGCCGAAGAUCAUUUUCGAAAUGCUGUUUUAGAGGGAAUAAAACUUGGCAAACGUGUUGUUGCCUCUGGUUGUGUACCACAAAGUCGACCAGGUGCAGAUUACUUAAAGGGUGUUAGUGUUAUUGGUGUGCAUCAAAUUGAUCGUAUUGUUGAAGUUGUUGAAGAAACAUUACAAGGAAAUGUGGUACGAUUUUUGGAUAAAAAGUAUACAUCAUCAGAUACAUCUAAUUCAAUGAUAAAUUCAUCAUCAUCACCAGCUGGUGUAGCAUUAGAUUUACCGAAAAUUCGACGUAAUCCAUUAAUUGAAAUAUUGGCUAUAAGUACAGGUUGUUUAAAUGCAUGUACAUAUUGUAAAACAAAACAAGCACGUGGUAUAUUAGCUAGUUAUCCUAUUGAACAAUUAUUAGAUCGUGCUAAACAAGCAUUUAAAGAAGGUGUUAAGGAACUAUGGCUUACUUCAGAAGAUCUUGGUGCUUACGGCCGUGAUUUAGACAGGACUACAUCAUCUCUUAUUUGUCCUGGAUUAUCUGAAAAAUGGCCUCAUCACAUUACACUUGCUGAUCUAUUGGCUGGUCUUGUCCCAAUUAUUCCUGCUGGAUGUAUGUUACGUUUGGGUAUGACAAAUCCGCCAUAUAUAUUAGAUCAAUUAGUUGAAAUCGCGGAAGUAUUGUCACAUCCUAGAGUGUAUUCAUUUCUUCAUAUUCCUGUUCAAUCUGGUUCAGAUGCUGUAUUAGACGCAAUGAAAAGGGAGUAUACUAUAGAAGAAUUCUCAAAUGUUGUAGAUUAUCUUAUGCAAAAUGUGAAACCGCCAAAUUUACCUCCUGGUGCAGCACAUGAUUCUGUAAAUGGAUCUGGGGCGCUUACAAUUGCCACUGAUGUGAUAUGCGGUUUCCCAACUGAAACGGAUAACGAUUUUAAUGAAACUGUUGAAUUAAUUGAAAAGUAUCAAUUUCCUGUAUUACAUAUAAAUCAGUUCUUUCCACGUCCCGGUACACCUGCUGCUAAUAUGCCAAGAAAAGCUAGUUCUUCCGAAGUAAAAUCUCGUACACGUAGAUUACACGAUCUUUUCAGAAGUUAUCGAACUUAUGAUGGUCGUAUCGGUUGUGAAGUUCGUGUUCUUAUUACUGAACCGAGUUUUGAUGGUAAAUUUUGGGUUGGUCAUACAAAAGCUUAUGAACAAAUUUUAUUACCAAAAGAUCCGGAUGUUUAUGGUCGUAUAGUACUUGUACGUAUUAUAGAAUGUGAUAAAUUUUUUAUGCGUGGUAUCAUUAUUGAUUCUGGACCAUUGGAUUCUAUUGUUUUCCCAGAUAAUAAUUUCAAUUUAUCAUCUUUACCUUUAUUAAUACAAAAUUCAAUUCAAUUAUCUAAAAUAAAUUAUACUACUAUGGUAAAGCCAAAUCAAUUUAGUAUAUAUACGUUGAUUAAUUCAUUACGAAGUGAUAAAACAUUGGCAUUUUACAUGGGUUAUAUGAUACUUAUAAUAGCUGGAAUCUGUUCCGCAUGGAAAUUUACAGAUUUGGAUCUAUACAAGAAGUUUUCUCUUACUUGAUUCUAUAUGUCAAUGAAAUAUUGUGAUAAAUUGACUAUGUAUAUACAUUUGAUUUUUGUUCUAUUUCGAAUAAUACAUCUAUUCAGAAGUAAUUGUUUGAUUCUUUUGUUUGACUACUUAUUCAAUAAUGACGUGUGUAUGUCUGUGAAUUUAGGAUCGCAUAGUUGUUGUUUUCGAGAUGGUGGAGAAGAUUUGUAGCUCAGGUGGAUGAUUUUGGUGGAAUUUUCUUUUUGAAAGAAAAGGCGAUUGCAUGUGAUAAAGUGCUCUUCAUUUCAUUUGAUCCGUUCCACUUGUGAAUUUUUCUUAUGAUACCCCCCAGAAGUAUAAGAGAACAAAACUUUUGCCUGAGAUACUGUCAAUUAAUAGAUUUUGGCAAAUAUUAUUGUUAAACAAAAGUAAACGAUCUCACAGUAUCGAACAUCUUGACAAAUUCCAGUAAUAGUGUUUGGACAAGAGCUUUUUGAUCCCAUCACUCCUGAGCUGAUGAGGCGUUUGUGGAGUGCAAGAUCUGAGAUUAGGGAGUGGAGUGUUGAAGAAAAAGCAUGAAAGACAUAUCCAAUUAAAUCGUCUGGUAUGUGUUUGAUGUUACAAGCAAAUGAAGAGGAUUAAGCGUCUACUACAAACAACUGGCUUUUACCUCGCAAUCUUCGUGACCAUCUUUACAGUCUGUUAUUGUGUCAACUUUGUUAAUUUCUGGUAUAAAAUAAUCUCUGUAACAUAUCGACUCUGUCAUUUGUUAUCGUGUUACAGACUUGGGUAGUCGUUUGUUUUUUAUUUAUUUAUUUUUAAACACAUAAACAUUGGUACAAGGAGGCACCAACUAGUUAUGCGCCACAUAAACCAUUCGAUUCAUGUGAGGGCUGGGAUACUGCCCGGGCGCCCGAACCGAAGCAGAUGGUUUCUUUAGGGGGUCACACCCGAAGCCUUAGACCUAAAGGUCUAAUCCACAAGGCAGUGCGGCAACGUAAAGAGAUGUUGUUAUAUGGUAAAAGGUGACCAACGAUUUGUUCUUACGCCAUUUGUCCCUUCAGGUUCAUGGAGCCUAUGUACACCAUUAAUUUGAAAUGAUGGUUUUCCGACUCCCCUAGGUGAACCCUUCAUGUCUACCAAGCUGGUUAGAGUGUCGGACAUUCGCUUUCCACCCUCUCAAUUUCGUAAACAAUAGUAAUGCCGCGAGAAGACAGUGAAUAAGACUUCCCUGGCAAUGGUUGUUGUACAUAAUUGCUCUGUAUCUAUCGAUUUUUUCCAUGUUGUUUUUUAGAUUUGUCAAUAUGAACUAUGGUAAUCCAAAAAACUCUGCUGCAAUUUUAGAAAAAAGUCUGACUAAACUACGUGGUGAUGUUAAUAUAGCAUCUUUUGCUUAUUUAUUUGUGGAGUUAGUCAAAUAUUCAAUGCGUAAUGUAUCCAGUAUGGAUCUUGUUCAGAAAAGAUUAUCAGAUUUUGGUAAAUUCAUUGGUGAACGUAUGAUUGAUGUAGUUUAUCUACGUGAUAAAUCAACUAAACGUGAUAUACGUUUAUAUAAUGCCUUAAUUUUUUUAAAAUCAAAUUUUUGGAAAAAUUUAUUCAAUAAAGAAGCUGAUGAAUUAGAACGUGAUGGAAUUGAUGAAAAUAUUUUUUAUAUGAUUGAACAUGAACCAAUAGUGAAUCGAUUUACUCGAUUUACUUAUGAAGAAAAAGAUGAAAAACGUAAAACAUCUGCUCCAUUGAAUAUUGCAGCGUUCAAUGCUGGAAUUGUUGAAGCAUUCUUAUCAACUAUUGGUUUUCCUUGUACAGUUACAGCAACCUGGUACAAGGGAACUGCUUAUGUGAUUAAAUUUGACGAGUCCGUGAAUAUUCGUGAAAGACAAUUGGAUAAUCGAUGAAUAUAAUUCGUAUUAGGCUAAGUUGCAUAAAAACUUUAUCAAGAUCUGAUGAAUGACCUAACUUUCCUGUGAUUCUCCAUUUACUAAAUACAUUG